GGGGUUAUGGAGGGUAAGAGGCGGUGCGUAGGGGUACUAGGACAAAGCUGAAGGUAUUUAGAGGGAGGUAAAAGGAGGACUGAAACACUUUGGUUUGGUGCUAGUCAAGAUGAAGUCUUACGUGCUUCUCUUGGCCCUGCUGCAGUCUCUGGGAUGCUCAGGAAUCCCACUGCACAACACUGAGCUGGAGUCCAUGGCAGACAGGGGUCUUGGAGCAGUUCUGGCAGAGGUCAACUCUGCAUAUGCCGUCAGCCAUCUUUACCGGAUGACUAGAGGCUCUGUCUCAAGGGUUAUCCCAGUGGGCCUGAACACCGUUGACCUGCUGAUGAAAUUUGGCGUUAAAGAGACUGAGUGUCUAAAGGCUUCCAGAAAUGACCCCCAGACAUGCGCCUUCAGACCUGGCUUCUUUGUGCCAUCCUUCUCCUGCUUCAGUCGGGUUCGAAUUUCAGCCACCUCAACCCAGGUUGUUUCUCUGAGAUGCGGCCAUGACGAGAGUUCCAGCUCAGAGUCCAGUGAGGAGAUGUUCUCAAGAGGGAGACACCAGUACAAUAUCCCGUUUGCAAAUAGAGAGCCCCAAUAUCUUUCUGCAGUCCCGGCUCCUUCUGCACCUCCUCCACCCAUCCAGCCUGGUCGCUCCUUCCAGAGCCAGACAGUGGAGGUCCGGCCCAGAGGGGACGCUUUCAGCAACUUCCUGGUGUGAGAGUUCAGCUCACUCUGAAAGCAUUUCAGCGCUGUUUAAAAGAAAAAACUAAUUAAAAAACAGAAUUUGCA